AUGUCACAGUGUUAUCGUGUGGGACAAUUCAUCAUUGGAAAAAAACUUGGAGAAGGGAUGUGUGGAAAAGUAUAUCUUGCAUUUCAUGAAAAAACAGGAGUUAAAGUAGCUAUUAAAAUAGUAGAUAAAACAAAAUUAAUGAGAAAACCAGAAAUGAAAAGGAAAGUAGAACGAGAAAUAGCAUUUUUAAAAAUAAUAAAUCAUAGAAAUGUUAUGCAAUUAUAUACUGUAUAUGAAACAACACGAUAUCUUUUCUUAGUAAUGGAAUUACUUGAAGGAGGAGAAUUAUUUGAUUAUAUAAUUUCAAAAGGGAGAUUAGAAAUAGAAGAAGUAUUAGUUUAUUUUCAACAAUUAAUAUUUGCAGUAGAACAUUUUCAUUCAAGACAUAUAUGGUU